UAUUCGACUAAAAAUAAAACUUUUUGCUUCUAAUCAGUUUAGUUUCGUUUUUAAAUAAGUGCUAAACAGUUUAAUUAUUCAGAAAAAGAUUCAAAUAAAAGUAUUUUAUUCAAAAUGGUCGAAUUUGAAAGAAAUGCUAAUAUUAUUGAUGAUAAAUGUCCUAGACAUUCUAUUAUGAUAGGAAGGUACAAACAGAGUUUUGCUUAUUACACAUUACGUGAACGACUUCCAGUAAUAUUAACAAAAGUAAUUGAUGAUUUAUCACAGAACAAAGAUACAAUUAUAAAUGAAUGUAGUGAAGAAGCACGUGAAGAGCUAAAAAUAGUCGUUGGAAAUAUAUCAGAAUUAAAAUAUCAAUUGCAAACAGAUAAAGAACUAUAUCCUUUAGAGACGAAUGAAAUCGAUAAAUCUACUUGGAAUAUAUUCUUGAGCUCGUUACCAGAAAAUGAAAGAACAUAUUUUUCAACGUGUUGGCUAUGGGCUGAAUGUUAUUUGUAUCGUCGUUUAAAAACAAUUUUUGAAGCUACUACCACAUUAAAAAAUUUUGAUUAUUUCAAAUCUUCCAAACAGAAAGCAUUAAUUGGAUCAAAAGAUUCAAUUGUAUCACUUGUUAAGAGUACUCGUCAAACACUAACAUUAGAUAGUGAUAUUGAUAAAUACUUUAAAAAAUUAUUAUACCUUGAUUUAUGGGGUAAUAAAUGUGAUUUAUCAAUUACUGAAGGUAAAGAUAUCAAACAAACUGGUGAUCAAUUAGAAGCAGUAGACCAUUUAAAAGAAUACAUAUUAAUUGAUCAGGCUGAAGAAAUAUGGAAUUUAAUAUCACAAAAAUAUACUGGUGAACGAUAUAUUGAUUUUAUAUGUGAUAAUGCUGGUUAUGAACUUUUUACUGAUUUUUUGUUAGCCGAAUAUAUAAUCGAACAUAAAUUAGCGACUAAAAUUCGUUUUUAUAUUAAAGCAAUACCAUGGUUUAUAUCAGAUACAACGCCAGAAGAUUUUGAAUGGGUUUUAAAAUAUUUAUAUGAAAAUAAUAACGAAGAAUUAAAAUUAAUUGGUAAUAAAUGGAAAUCACUUGUCGAUCAAGGGAAAUUUAUUUUGUUAGAACCAGAUCGAUUUUUUAUUUCACCGUAUGAAUAUUAUAGAAUGAAAGAGAUUGCACCGCAUUUAUAUGAUAAAUUAUCUGAAGCACAUUUAUUAAUUAUUAAAGGUGAUUUAAAUUAUCGAAAAUUAUUAGGUGAUUUUACAUGGGAUUAUACUGAAAAAUUUGAAACAUGUUUAAGAGGUUUUAAUCCAACAAAUAUUUGCUCAUUACGUACAGUUAAAGCCGAUUUAAUAUGUGGUCUUGAAGAAGGUUUAGCUGAAAAAUUAUUUGAAAAAGAUUCAAAUUGGAUGCUAACUGGGGAAUAUGGUACUGUUAUGCUUCAAUUACAUAAAAAUUAAGAAUUCUUUGAAAAUUUUUAAAUUAAAUGUUUUUCUUUAAGAUAAACAGAUAUAAAAAUUAUAAAAUUUUCAAAAAAAAUUGUAAUUAUUAAGAGAUUGUAAACAGAAUACUAACAAUAUUACUUCAAUAUUCAUACGCUUUAAAUUAAUUUUGUUAAAUAUUAAAAGUUAAAAAUAUUCUUAAAUUUUUUUGUUGUUAAUAUCACAUGCCUAUUCUAAAUUUAUUAAGUGGUAAUAUAGUAAAUAUCGAAAUAAAAAUUUUAAAGAUAAAAACUUUUGUUAUAAUAAAAAUAUUGGUUUGAUAUUUACCUUUAUAUUUCUAUAUUUACAUAUUUAUUUAUUUAUUUAUUUAUCU